CAUUUGUUUGUAAUAAUGGUCAAAGCUUUUUAUAGCAAUUUUUCUGUAUGUGUAAUCUACAGAUUAAAAAAUAAUUCAAGAGAAUAACCACUGUAAGUGUUGAAUCUACUUUUUAGGCUAAACGUGGCCAUUGGACCCCACAACUGAUGGAUGUAGUUUCAUUAAGGGGAGGAGCUAAAGGAGUGAGAAUCAGGCUCAUCAAUGACAUGCUUCUUGAGGACAUACAAUCAAAGUAUGCAGAGAAGUACCCAUCGAUUGAACCUGGCAGAGAGAAGAGGACCCUUUCAUGGCGUCUGGUAAUUUUGAGGUGGGCACCUGCAGGCAUCCAGCUUCAGUGACAGCGAUGUGUCCAGUUGUGCAGGUGGAGAACUAAUACACUAAACAUGGUGGAUAUAAGUGAUUUUUUGUGUGGCCGAGGGGUCCCCGAAGAUGCUGUUUUAUUAAUGGAAGAGCAGAAGUUGACGACUGCUGCACUGUUUCCAAAACUGGAAAUCUGAAGCUCAUUGAGUCAUCUUUAUCAUCAACUUGAUUCCACCCUGCCUCUUGCCCCACCGUGACCCUGAGAAGGAUAAGCGGAAAAGAAUGGAUGGAUGGAUGACUGAGGUUAUCACAAAAGUGAAUGCUUCACGAGCAAUUGUAAACACCAUAAACAAAAUGCCUGUCAUAUUAAACCAAUAAGACAGGAAAAUGUAUCUGGGAUGUUUUUAAUUUCUUUAGUUGAUUACUAAAGUUCAGCUUUCCUCAGGUCUGUAGUCUGUUACCGAGUUUUAGUAAGAUAAUUCAACACCCACUCAGGUUCAGGUCCAAAAUGCUCCUGAAUUAGACAAAAUAGUAAGAGUGGUGUUGUUCUUUUACACAUGUAAAGUCAGCUAAAAUAAACAAAGUACAAAACACUUUGGAGCUGAGUAUAACUUUAUAAAUUACACAAUAAGGAGGAGCAAUACUUUAUAAGUGAUAAAUAAAGCACUUACUAACACCUUACUAAUGCUUUAUAUUGUGUAAUUAUUAUAAAGUGUUAUCAAAUGAUGUUGCUUGAAUGGAAGUUUGUGUAUACACACUUUACUCAUUCUCUGACCUUUUUUGUUACAAAGAGGGAGGCUUUGGGCCUCAUAGUUUCUUUCUCUUUUCUGCCUUGUUUCCAAUCAAAUACUCACCUGGUUUUUAUUUCCUCUUCAACGAGUGGCUCAUAUAUUUUUGACUUUGAGUUCUGAGCUGUAUUUGUUUGAAAGCAGCACACGAAGCAGCUCAGCUAGUGGAUAACUGCUUGUAUACUGCUCUGCAUUUAAACAAUGAUGGCAUGGCUCCAAUUCUGUGUCCUCUUCCUGGUGGCUCCAAUUGGGUACAGUCAGAAUCCAGGUCCUCGUGGUCCCAAAGGAGACAGCGGACUUCCUGGACCAGUUGGUCCACCUGGAGUACCAGGACCACCAGGUGAAAAAGGAGAUACUGGACCUGAUGGUCUACAUGGUUCAGUUGGAAUAGUUGGACCACGUGGAAUGACUGGAUCACGUGGACUUCCUGGACCAUCUGGAAAACCUGCAGACUGCAGAACGGAGCUCUUUGACGACAUAGACCAGGACCUUCAAACCAUUAGAGGCCUAAAGGAAACAAUAACCAAGUUAGAGCUGGUUAUAAACUACGAUUUUGCCCGAGGAGUUGAUGAAAAAUAUUUCGUGUCCAACAAGGAAAGAGGCUCUUUCUUCCAAGCUGUUGAGUUCUGCUCCCAGCGAGGAUUAGAGCUGGCUUUGCCCCAGAGUGACAAAGAGAAUCGCUUACUCACUGAAGUGUUUGAAAGCAGUCCUAAAACAGUCUGGAUUAAUGUCAGCAAUAGAAAAGCAGAGGGAAACUUUGGAGCUGAUAUGAAAAACCGACCUCUGACCUUUACCAGCUGGGCAGAAGGGCAGCCAGACAAAUCCAUCCAGGAUCCAGGCUGCACCACGCUGUCAGAAGACGGUGUUUGGAGAGUGACAAGUGAAUGCUCUAUGAAUGCUUACAUUGUUUGUCAGUUAUAGAAAUGCCUUUGAUGACAUGAAGUAAAGUAUAUCUCUUUGGAUUCUGGUGUGGGAAAAUCAAAUGGAGUACAGAUAUGUAAUCUAAUGUAUUACAUAUCUAUCUGGUGCAAUUUUCGUAUUCCUAUAAAACAGGUCAAGGUCAAAAUCUUUAUUUCAAAUCUUUUAUUACAUUUUUAGGUAAAAUGAAAAAUUCUUUUGAGACCUGCAGUAUUUAGGAGCCAUUCACCAUACAGUAGCCAUAUUUAUAUUAUAUAUAUAAAUAUAUAAUAUUAAUAUAUUAUAUAUAUAUAUAGUUAUCCAGCAGUAUUAGAUACUUUCAGACAGCCAAGUGGUGGAAGGUGUUAUGGUUUGGUCAGUUGAUCAGUUUUUUCAGCUGCCAAAUGAUAAGCAGCAUGUAACCUGCCAUUUUUAAAAUUUCCUUUGUUUGUUACUAUACUACAGAGUUCAUAAUUUGGUAUGUUUAUGUGUGAUUUUAUGUAAGGAUUGUUAAGGAUUUUGGUGUGACUGUGUAUAAUAUCAAUUCAAUUUAAUUCAAUAAAACUUUAUUGAUC